AUGGUGGAAUGUAAGAAAGCACAGCCGAAGGAAAUGAUGCUUCCCGCCAACCUGGCCAAAACCUGCGCAGCUGGCCGGGGAGUCUAUGAUUUGCUGUGGUCACUGGGAGCCCUUCCUGACGGUUUUCCUGCUGCGGCAUAUGCCGCCUAUGCGGCUGGUCGAGGUUACUCGGGCUACCCUAGUUUCGGACUUCUGUACCAAGCAGUCAUGAAUAACUACCAAGCAGCAGCUGCAGCUCAAGCACAGGCGCAAGGUUUCGGCCCGCCAACCUAUCCACACACGACCGAUGCAAGAGCCGGAUUUCCAGCGGCUAACUCUUCAGGACCUACCAUCGAUAUGUACAACAGCAGCGCUGACAGCGUGGGUUAUGUCCAAGCCGCCAUUCCACAGCCCCGCAGCUUUCCAGCAAUUGCGUAUACAGGUGAAAACACCGAUGAAGUAGACUUUAGUGAUAGCUCAGAGGAAAGCGAUGAAUCUGACAAUGCGGCCGAUGAAACAACAAUAGAUAAAUUGACUGUAGAGACGACUAUGAACAGAAGUCGGCUACCCAACUGGAUAUCUUGUACAGAUUCUACAGAAGUGGAAUGUAAAUGUGUCAAUUUUCACGCCCCGAUUGACUCGAGAAGGGAAACAACGACAACGACUACUUUCAUGACAGAAGAGGGUGAGUUUCAAUUCUAA